AUGCCUAAAGCGUCAGACCAAUCCACGAGUCAAUCCGUCUCACAAGGUAUAAAUCUCAGUACCUUGCGACGUAAACGCGGCAAUAUUGUGGGGCACAUCACCACAUUUUCGAAAAUCCUCGAACACGCAAGAGUAUCCGAACAACGCGAUAUAGGUUUAUUACGGGCGCGUUUGACAAAUCUGCAUGAAAUUUGGGAGCGGUUCGACGCUAUUCAACUGGAGCUUGAAGAGGCCGACGAAGAGGAAUCACCGCGUCGUUUCCAUAUACACGGGGAUUACAUUUCAGUGGUCGCGCGUGCAAAUGCACUCAUCGAGGGAGAUCGUCCGAGAUUGACCCCGCAACGUAUUACAAGCGAUUCGCCCGCGCCGUCUGUAACAGCCCCGAUGGCAAUCAAAUUACCGGAAAUGCGGUUACCACAGUUCGACGGGAAAAUCGAAAAGUGGGCAUCAUACUUCGAAAGUUUUUCGUCGAUGAUUGAUCAACACGCGGAUUUAACACCAGUACAAAAAUUACAGUACUUACGUUCCACUCUCUCUGGAAAGGCCGCCGCGUGUAUUGAAUCGUUAGGCAUGACGGAUGCUGAUUAUACAGCCGCGAUUGAAUUGCUAAAGGAAAAGUUCGAUUGCAAACGCAGAAUUUUACUAAAACAUUGCAACGCGAUUAUCGAAUUGCCGAAGAUAACCCGAGAUUCGCCAGAGGCAUUAGGCGAUCUCGUCGACACUGUUCGUCAAAAUUUGCGGUCGUUAAAGAACUUGGACGUUAAUACAUCUUCUUGGGAUAGCAUUUUGAUGGCGAUCAUUUUAACUAAAUUAAGCGCUGAUACCGUGUAUCAAUGGGAACUAACGUUGAAGAACAAACAGAUGCCGACUUUUGCGAGUUUGCUCGAGUUUUUGGACAAGCGUGCAAAUUGCGUGCUCACGACUCAUCAAAGGUCAGAGCAUUCCGACGGGCAACACAAUCGCGGUCCGCCGGGGAAAUCGACAGCUAAAAAAUCUUCGCGAAGCAACGCGUUCGUGACCGCGACUCGCGCGAACGAUACACAGCGUCCUCGCGAAUCGACGAAGGCAAGUGGAACAUCCGCGAAUUUUCCGCGAUGCCCGAUUUGCGAUGAAGAACACGGUAUCUGGCGCUGCGAGAAGUUUCAUGCGUUGUCAGCCGGUGCUCGAUUGUCAGCUGUAAAAAAGGCUUCAUUGUGCGUAAAUUGUCUAAGAGCCGAACACAAUUUGGAUCUUUGUAAAAAGGGGUCGUGCCGCAUAUGUAGAAAGCACCACCAUACGUUGUUGCAUUUACCAACGCAGGUGGCUAACCGCACAACGUCUACCCCGCCAACAAAGCCCAGUACAUCGGCAGACAUGCAGGUAGACACUGGUGAAUGA